UUAAACAACAAAUCAAUUGGUGACAAAAUAACUAGUUUGUUAGAUUUAAAUGAGUUAAACCAACAGGAGGCUAUAGGAAUCGGAGUCUCUUUAGUAGACGACAAUGUCAACGCUACAUCUUUAGAGCAUAGUGAUAAUUCUAAUGUAAACACAGGAUUAUUACAAUUUUCAGAAAAUCAUGGAGAUGUUGAUAAAGAGUUGGCAGAUCAUUUAUCCAAGAUCUGUAGAACUUGUUUAGAAGUCAAGUCUGAUUUGAGGCCUUUAUAUGAAAAUUGUUUGUCAGAUAUGGUUAUGGCUGUUGCUGCUGUUUCGAUGGUAGAGGAUGAUGGAUUGCCCUCUCAAAUCUGUACACAGUGUCUUCUAAAUGUACAUAAAAGUUUUGCUUUCAAACAACAAUGUGAAAGAGCUGAUUCAACUAUUCGUCAUUACAUAAAGGGUUUUAUAGCGGGUGAAAAAUGUGAUCUACUGCUGCCUCCUGAUAGUGAUUAUGCUGAUUUCACGGAUAAGUUUACUAUUAUUAAACCUGAAUUAUCAGAGCCUGAUGAACAACAACGUGACUCAAAACCUCAUUUAACAUUAUUGAAUCAGGCGGAGAUUGUAGAAAUGACAUAUAUUGAUGAUACUACAGAACUUUCUGAAGACCACAAUAUUGUGAAUGAAACUGAAAUAUCAUCUGGCAUUAAUGAUUUUGAAAAUAAAUCAAAUAAUAACAUAUUGACAGAGGUUUCAAUUGAAAAUCAAAACAUAGAAAAUAGUAAAGAUGGUAGAUGUAGAAGGAAAAUAAAAAAAACCAUUGAUGAUGAAGAAUGGGAAAAAGAUGACUCAUAUCUCUGUGAUUUUUGUGAUAAAAGUUUUAGUGAUAGAGAAGAAUUAGACAAACAUUCAAAGUGCCACCAGAAGAAAAAGAAACCAUUUAUUUGUACAGUAUGUAAUAAAAAGUUUUGUGAUCAAAGAAAACUAACUAGACAUAAGCGGAUACACAUGGAAAAUAAAUUGUAUAAUUGUGGCCUUUGCAAAAAGGGUUUUAAUGAAUCGGGUGACCUUAAAAGGCAUAUGCGAAAACACACAACUGAAGAAUCUCAAAAUAAAAACUUUCCAUUUCCAUGUUCAGAAUGUCAUUUGGGUUUUACAUUGAAAGGUGAUUUAGAAAUACAUUCUUCGAUACAUUCAAAAGAUGGUAAACAUGUGUGUAAUCAUUGCAAAAAGGAAUGUACAACGAGUUUACAGUUGAAAAGACAUGUUCGUAUUCAUUUGGAAGAUAAGCCACAUAAAUGUACGUUAUGUGGAAAGGGAUUUCCAGAAAUGGGCUCUUUGACACGACAUGCCCGGCUACAUACUGGUGAACAGAGGGAGAAGAAAUUUCUUUGCGUUACUUGUGGAAAAGGCUAUUAUGACAGCCAUUCUUUGGGAAUUCAUAUAAGAACUCAUACUGGAGAGAAGCCUUGGGUAUGCAGCACAUGUGGAAAAGCAUUUAUUGAUUCGCGAUUAUUAAAUUCACACAUGAAAACACAUUCGAAUGAAAAACCAUAUUCUUGUCAAGUUUGUAGUAAGAGAUUUACUCAUCAGUCUACACUCACCACACACAUAAGAACCCAUACUGGAGAAAAGCCUUACAUUUGUAAUGUCUGUGGAAAGACAUUUAUUCAAAGUUCUAAUCUAUCCUUACAUAUGCGUACUCAUUCAGGAGAAAAACCUUACAAUUGUUCUGUAUGCAAUAAAAACUUUGCAUCAUCAUCAACCUUAACAAUGCAUAUGAGGAUUCAUACAGGAGAAAAGCCCUACUUUUGCGAAAUUUGUGGUAAAAGAUUUGCCAGACAUGAUUUAACAGCUCAUAUGCGUACUCAUACAGGUGAACGCCCAUUUGAAUGCAAUUUGUGUUCCAAAAGAUUUACAACGACUGGUCAAUUAAAUCAGCAUUCAAGAAUACACACAGGAGAAAAGCCAUUUGUUUGCCGAAUAUGUAAUAGAGGUUGUACAAGUAAUAGCUAUUUAAAACGUCACAUGAGGAUUCAUCAAAAUGCUCAAAUAGUGACAGCACAAGACCUAAUUCAACAAUCAGAAAGAAAUAUCAGCACAUCAAUAGCAACAACGCAAAUACUAAAUGUUGGUAGAGUUAUAACAGUUGGAACAUCUAACAUUCUAAACAUAUCUGGGACAGUCGAAGUUCCAAUAACUAUAGUAAAUAGUGAUGGGACCUUAUCUAGUGUGACUAGCCAUGAAUUAGAAACUACUACAAUUAUUACCGAAGAUUCAGAGGUAACAGAAAGUAAUGCAGAUUUAAACGAAACAACUAAAAUCUGCCAAACAAUAGAUCCAACAAUGUUGAGGUAUCAAACAAUAUCAGCAGAAAAUUUGAGAGGACUUGCCAUAAGUGAAAUUACACAUAGUUAAAAAUGUAGAACAUCUUUAUUAAUAGUAUUGAAUAAUUUUUAGUUUAACUAAACAAGUAUUACACUUUAAUUUAGUUUAUUUGAAGAAAAAAGCUUUGAAUU